AUGCGUCUUUCGAUACUUACUGUCGUUUCUUUGGCUACGAGUUCCCUCGCUCUAGCCGUCGUUGGCAGGAGCGAUAACAGUACCCUGGAUGCCGAACACGGCCGCGGUAAGGACUGCCCCGCGGGCGGACCUCCCGGAGGCGGAAACGGCGAUGGCUCGUCGAUCGAGAGCGACGAGCAUGGGAGGGGCAAGGGCUGCGACAAGCCCAAGCCGGGAGAAGGUGGCGAUAAGCCUAAGCCCGGCGAAGGUGGUGACAAACCCAAGCCGGGAGAAGGCGGCGACAAACCCAAGCCCGGCGAAGGAGGUGACAAGCCUAAGCCCGGCGAAGGAGGCGACAAGCCUAAGCCGGGAGAGGGUGACAAGCCUAAGCCUCCUCCUGGCGGCGGCGGCGGCGGUGGAGGGGGCGGAAAAGGGGGUGAUGAUUGCAAGGGAGGCGGUCACGGAGGCGGCGGAGAGGGCGGCGGCGGAAAGGGUGAGGGCGGCGGCAAAGGCGAAGGCGGAGGAAAGGGGGGCGGUGGCCUCAAGGAGUGCAAGUCGAUGAAGCUUCGGGCCAAGGGCUCCGUUUCCGGCUCCAUUGGUCAACUGGACAGCGGACAGCUCAGAAUCGGACUUGAGCCGGUGACUUUGAGAAUGGAAAAGGGGGAGCUUACUGAUGGCAAGAAGAGAGGCUGCUGGUGGACCCCCCCUACUAUGACUCUUCAGUGUGAUGUCGGCCAGCAGCCUGAAUCUGGAUUUGAGGUUGGCUGUGAUGGACGCAUCAAGUUCAAGGAUCAGACGCGGUUCUUCCAGUGUGAAGCCGAGAACCAGCAGUACAACGUCUAUCGCAAAGGCGACCAGGGCGCGAACUGUGCUGAGGUCAGUUUGUAUGCCGACGGCUGCCGGGAAGGCGGCGGAGGCGGAGGUGGUGGAGGCGGCGGCGGCGGUGGUGGUGGUGGUGGAGGAGGAGGAGGAGGAGAGGGCGGUGGUAAAGGCGGAGAGGGCGGCGGCAAGGGAGGCGAGGGCGGCAAAGGCGGCAAAGGAAACCCUUCUCCUCCGAAUAACGGGACAUCCGUUCCCAACAACGGAACCUCGAAGCCGCCGCCUUCAAUGCCUCCUAUGUAA